CAGUUCUUUUCAAAAACUUGAAAAAUGAGUACUGCCUGUGACUCUUCUCGCGGUGAUAUUAUCAAGAAAACAAUUGUACGUUACUCAGUCAGCAACGCGUCUAUGGCUUGAAGUAAGGAGCGAGUAAAAGCAGCGCUAGCUAGGAAUCUCCCUCUAUAAAUACCCCCAGCAAAGCCCUAAGCCACUGAUCACAACUAUAUAUCCGAUUCAUAUAUAUUCCACUCACCAAGCCUUGCACAGCUUAAUUUUUCAAUCUCCUUUUUGUGGGAUUUUCUCCAUCUUAAUUCUAAAGAAAGAUUUCAUGUCCAUGGACAAGCUCGACAACCGCUACGAUGCACCACGGCCGGAAUCUUAUGCAUCGGAAGCGUAUGGACUACGGACUGCUGAUCAGGGAAUGAAUGACAUCGCAUCAAGCUCCGGGAGUACUUCGCUAUUUCUGGGCACUUUAGACGAUAUGUCGCUGCUGGAAAGUGGGCUAUACGGGAGUAAAGACGGUGACAUGGUCGAUGAUUACUACAGAUUUGAAGCGGAGGCUGGACAAUCAGUUGAUCCAAGAUUGUUAUCGUUGUUAGAAUUCUUCAGGCAGCUCUAUGCUCGGAGACAGGAACUGUCCAAGAAGAUCUUUCCGGGGCUUCACGAUGAGUUUGUGGAGUUGUCUAGGAAAAUUCGUGAGGUUGUUGCAGCCCAAGUUGAAGGGAGACGAACGAGGCCGGUUGCAACCUUGCAGAGGAGUUUGAGUGUUGGCUCGCCACGAACACCGGCCAACAAAGCAGGGGAAUUGCCGUUGAGGCUCGAACGCUUCAAGGUACGCGAACUGACUCUAGAGGGCGUUGUUCCAGUACAAGGUACUGCUCCUCAAGGCAGUAAUGGCGGCGGCGGCGGCGGCAGCGGCAGCGGAGGCGGUCAAGGCGGCGCCUCAAAAUAAAAGUUUAUAGGAAUAAUGAGAUAUGCAUGGAAGACUUGGAAAAUAGCAAAUUAAUUUUUCAAAUUUAUUCAUUUGGUUAGCUUUUUUAUUUGAUCAAUUAGAAUAUUCCAUGCCGUAGGGAAAUUAAUAUAUAUUUAUUUAUUUAUGUCGUACAUUUUGAAAAAAAUAAAGUAAAAGCAGAAUUCAAGCUUUGUAUUUUCACCACAGAAGUUAUGUAACCUUUUUUC